AUGCCCCUCAUGAACUGGGCCGAGGAGGCAUACUUCGAACGAGAUGCCAAUGGGGAGCCACUUACAGCUGAGGACUAUGAGAAGCAGUCAGGGAGGAAGGGCGGACUAAAGCUCUCGAGAUUCGAAGUGAAAAUGCUGCUUAUUGCAGGAACCGGAUUUUUUAUGGACUCCUACGAUCUCUUCAUCAUCAACCUCGCCACGCCGGUCUGGCAAUAUGAAUACUGGGGUGGUAAUUACCCAGCGAUGCUGCAUGGUGUUGUCAAUGCAGGCGCAAACAUCGGAAAUGUCUUUGGUCAGCUUCUCUUUGGACUACUCGGAGAUGCUUUGGGUCGACGAUUCGUCUAUGGCAAAGAAUUGAUCCUUUGCAUGAUCGGUAUCAUCCUCAUCAUCUCUCUGCCUAACAGUAUUCCGUCGCCCACUUUGAAAAUGAUCUGGAUCUUUUGCUGGCGUAUCUUUAUGGGAAUUGGCAUUGGCGGUGAUUAUCCCAUGUCUGCGUCGAUCGUGGCUGAGCGUGGUCAUCUACAUUCUCGUGGCUCUCUCCUCGGUUGGGUUUUCUCAGGCCAGGGCUGGGGAACACUACUGGGCUCAGUGUGCACAAUUAUUAUCCUUGCAUGCUUCGAACCUGCACUCAAUGGCAGGGGAGAAUAUAGUCAGCUCGAUGCUGUCUGGCGCAUUCAGAUUGGCCUGGCUCUGGUCCCCGCACUCAUCGUCCUUCCCUUCCGGCUAACAAUGCCCGAGGGGAAGAAAUAUCUGGAGAGUCAGAAACUGAACAACAAUAAAGUGGAUGAGCCAGUUGACACUCCUGAGAGCAGUGGGAAAACUCAGUCGGCGAAUUGGAAAGCAUUCUUUGUCUACUUCAGCGAGUGGCGCCAUUUCAAGAUUCUUCUCGGAACAGCCUUGAGUUGGUUCCUUGUUGAUAUCGCGUUCUAUGGCACCAAUUUGAAUCAGUCGGUCAUUCUGUCUGAAAUCGGAUUCAGCCACGGUAGUAACAUCUAUCACACCCUAAUGCGAAACGCAAUUGGAAACUUGAUCGUUUCUGUGGCUGGAUAUCUUCCUGGCUACUUCUUCACUAUCUUCUUCAUCGAACGACUAGGGAGAAGAUGGAUUCAAAUCCAAGGAUUCCUUGUUUGCGCUCUGCUUUUCGGCUGCUUAGCUGGUGACUGGAAUGGAAUGAAUACCGCCGGCAGGUUUGUGUGUUUCGCACUGGCACAGUUUUUCUUCAACUUCGGACCCAAUGCCACAACCUUCAUCAUUCCCGCCGAGGUAUUCCCCUCUCGGGUGCGCGGAGCAGCUCAUGGUUUCUCCGCUGCGUGCGGCAAGCUUGGUGCUAUCCUCUCUGCACUUCUUUUCAACUGGUUGAGUAGCUCAGUCAUUGGCCUGCCAAAUGUGCUAUGGAUUUUCUUUGGAUGCAAUAUUCUUGGCGCAGUGGUAACAUUCUUUUUGAUUCCCGAGACGAAAGGUCGCGAUGCAGAUUUGAUUGACGCUGAAGAGAGCCAAGCUUUGCGAAGCACUUAG